UCGCUCAGCAGACGGCAGCAGGACGGGUCACCGCUGCCGACCGUUCACCGCAGGAUUUCAAGGAGACAGACGGUAACCUUCGUGUCAAAAAAGAGGCGCUUCCGGGGAGAAUAAAACCAUCAUGAACGGGCUAGUACUUUCGCUGACAUCCUGUUAAUUCCCCGUAAAAAAUGCCCAAUGAUCGCUGGCCCGCGUUAGAAGAUGGCGGAGUCGGACGGCGAAUUUGUCCCGAAACAUUCUCAGAGCGGGUGAGUAUCGCCGGGCUGACGGCGCUGAGCGGGGUUUGCAUUUGACGGUACGUGUCCGCGGUGUGUGGACCCUGGGAAACUCCUCACCGGGGCUAAAAUGUAGGAAACACCGAGGCGGUGGCCGGGCCUACAGCUGCAGUAUGGCUAACAAGAAUAGUACGCUGCGUUGCUCCUUCUCCGCCCCCAGCCACAGCGCCACGCUCCUCCAGGGCUUGUCGCUUUUGCGGGCUCAGGGUCAACUUCUGGACGUUGUGCUGGCUGUAAAUGAAGAGCACUUCCAGGUCCAUAAAGCUGUGCUUGCCGCCUGUAGUGAUUACUUCAGAGCCAUGUUUACUGGAGGCAUGAGGGAGUCGAGCCAAGAUACCAUUGAGCUGAAGGGCUUGUCUGCCCGGGGCCUCAAGCAUAUCAUCGACUUUGCCUACAGCUCAGAAGUCACCUUAGAUCUGGAAUGCAUUCAGGAUGUCCUCGGGGCAGCUGUGUUUCUCCAGAUGGUUCCCGUCGUCGAGCUCUGCGAAGAAUUCCUCAAGUCAGCCAUGAGUGUGGAGACCUGCCUGCACAUUGGACAGAUGGCCACCACGUUCAGCUUGUCUUCCCUCAAAGAGUCGGUGGAUGCCUUUACCUUUCGUCACUUCCUGCAGAUUGCAGAGGAGGAGGACUUCCUACACAUUCCCCUGGAGCGACUCAUCUUCUUCCUUCAGAGCAACAAACUGAAGAACUGUCCUGAAAUUGAUCUCUUCCGUGCUGCUGUCAGGUGGCUCCGGUACGACGAGUCCCGCCGGGUCCUUGCCAGCAGUGUCCUCUACCAUGUGCGGUUCCCGCUCAUGCGUUCCUCAGAGUUGGUGGAUAUCGUUCAGACGGUGGACAUCAUGGUGGAGGAUGUGCUCUGCCGUCAGUAUCUCCUUGAGGCCUUUAACUACCAGAUCCUUCCCUUCCGACAGCACGAAAUGCAGUCUGUCCGAACCCUCAUUCGCUCUGAUGUUAUGUCUCUUGUUACCUUUGGUGGAACCCCAUACACUGACAACGAUCGCACCGUGAGCACUAAAGUGUACCAUCUUCCAGAUUCUGCAUCCCGACAGUUCAAGGAGCUGACUGAGCUGGAGACCGGGUGCAGCCACGCAUGCGUCGCCGUGCUCGAUAACUUCGUGUAUGUAGUUGGUGGGCAGCAGUUGCAGUACCGCAGUGGGGAGGGAGCCGUCGAUAGCUGUUUUCGCUAUGACCCACACCUGAAUCGGUGGCUGCGUAUCCAGUCCCUGCAAGAAGCUCGCAUUCAGUUUCAGCUGAGCGUGCUCCAGGGAAAGCUGUACACCACGGGCGGCCGCAAUCGAUCCGGCAGCCUGUCAUCCGUAGAAUGUUAUUGCCCCAAAAAGAACGAGUGGUCCUUCGUAGAGCCAUUGAAACGCAGAAUAUGGGGUCAUGCCGGCACCGCUUUUGGAGAAAGGCUUUAUGUGUCAGGUGGUUAUGGCGUUUCCGUAGAGGACAAAAAAACCCUCCACUGCUACGAUCCAGGAUCGGACCAGUGGAACUUCCGAGCCCCCAUGAACGAACCCAGAGUGCUGCACGCUAUGGUCAGUACCCACAAUCGUGUGUACGCUCUGGGCGGUCGCAUGGACCACGUGGACCGUUGCUUUGACGUGCUGGCGGUUGAGUAUUACAUUCCAGACAACGACCAGUGGACCACUGUCACUCCGAUGCGAGCGGGUCAGUCGGAGGCAGGCUGCUGCCUACUGGACGGGAAAAUCUACAUUAUAGGAGGAUACAACUGGCACUUGAACAACGUCACGAGCAUCGUCCAGGUGUACAACACUCAAACAGACGAGUGGGAAAGGGACUUACACUUUCCAGAAUCCUUUGCUGGAAUUGCUUGUACGCCAUUAAAACUCCCACAGAACGACACAUAAAGUUAAGAGUGCUAAAUUAAACGCGUGAAGAUUUUACUCCACAAAUUGUUGGAGAACGCUUAUUUAGAUCAAACGACAAAACAUCAGGCUUGUCCGUUUUGUUUCUCUGUUGAAGAUGUGAAAAAGUAGCAUUACUUAUACUGUGUGAAAUCGUCUCUGUUUUAGAAACAAGUUACCUCUCACCAAUACUCUGUAUUUGAACUCUUUUGGUUUUAUGAUAUUUAGCAGAUGACCAAUGUCUUAAUAUACCGGUAUUCAAAUGCAAUGACUUUCAACAAGCUGACAUUUUAAAAUUGCUUCUAGUUUGAAUGUAUAAUGAAUCCAGUCAUGUAGAUUUCAUUCAUUGAGAAAAUUAGAGUUGUUGUUAGGUCCUUUAGCAAACAUUACCAAGCCAAGUACUUAUAUAACACAAAUAUCAAACUUAAAAUAAAAUAAAAAGUUUCACACGUCAAGAAGGGCUUAAGUUACAAAUUGCACACAUUUGUAUUUUUACAUUUUGUCCAAGCAAAAAUGUAGGAGCAGGAACUACUUCCAGACUAUUAAGCUUUGUAGCUGUUUGAUUGUAAGUUUAUUUAUUUAGUUCUGUUUAUUCUAGCUCAGAUUUUAUGAAAAACACUACGAUGGCUUGAAACCUUUCUACUUUUAUCUGUGAUUUUUCUUUGGGUUUCUAAAAUCCUCAUAUCAGAAUUCAACGAGCAUCAUAAAAAACAAGUAUCAAACAAGUUUGGGAAGGCAUUGUUUUACAUUUUUGGUGUUUAUUUUUAAACUGUAGAUCGGUUUCCUGAGCAUCAAACUUGCAGUAACACUGCCCCCUAUAGACAAAACAGUGCAUAGCCCUAAUGGCAGCUACGUACAAAGUUAUUUUUACAGGAUUGUGUAUUUGUUCAUGGUUGAAAAAAGAAAUACUUUAAUGACCAAACUGCACCUGAUCUUUUACAAAGAAAAUCGUUAGCUUUACAACCUCAAAACUUAUUUUUAAUCUCCUAUUUUUAUGUGUAACCCCAUUCAUUUUUGCUCAUAAUUUUGCUGCACUUUUCCAGGUUGUAACCGAUGAUUACCAUACUAAUGUUUGAGACAAAUGACAUCCAUCUACAAGAUUUUACUGAAAACUGUCCCGUCUGCCUUAGUAUGCGUUGUUUAACUUGUAACAAUGAAAGCACAUUACAUUUAUGAAGUGCAAUAUACCAAAAACUGCCACUGUUUAAGGAGAAUGUACAUGUUUGUGUGACUCUGUUAUUCCUUUAAUAAAAGUGUUAUAUUUUAAA